UUGUUUUUUAAAGAAAUGGAUGUGUUUCAUGAUGACACAUAACUUAACCCAAUGUUUUUCAGGGAUAUAUGACAUUGUGAUUGUGCAGAGUGGCCAGGGCUUAAAGGUUUCUUCAAGGCAUCAUGGCGAAGAUGGUCGUGCAGCAACCUCAGCCUGUCAUGAUGGCGAACACAUCAUACUCCAAUCAAUGGAGCUCAGGAAUCUUUGACUGCUGUGAAAAUGUUGCAGAGUGUUGUUUCUCAUUCUGGUGUUUCCCCUGCUUCGCCUGCAGUACGUCAAGGAAGUUUGGCGAGUGUUUGUGUUUACCGAUGCUGGAUGGUUAUGGCUUGAUUCCCCCAAUAACCCUGGCCAUGAGGGCAUCAAUGCGCCAGCGCUAUGGCAUUGAGGGAUCUAUAUGCAAUGACUGCAUAUAUUCAUUCUUCUGCCUUACCUGCGUUUGGUGCCAGAUGUCCCGAGAGAUGAAGGCACGUAAUCAUUCAGUCACAUUAAUUAAUUCUCACACAAGAUGAAGACUCAACUUCAUGAUCGUUAAUAAAUACUCCAUGUUUUCAAUGACGCCAUUUAGACAGGAAAGUGCAAUAAUACUGCCUGCCUGUACAAUAAUUUUCAAUGUGGAAAUGACUCUAUAUACUGCAUGUUGAAAGGUAGUUUGUUUUUCUUAGUUUCUGGGUUAGAGUUAGUCAUUAAUAAUUUCUAAUUUCUCUAAUUACUCCAUCUGGGGAUUAAUAAAGUAUUAUCUCAUCUUAAAUAAUACCACUGACUGUACUACUAGGCUACAAUCUUUAAUCGUUAUCAUAUCUCAUGUUAUGUGUUUCCCUAAUAAAAUGGAUGAUAAAAAUUCAGAUUCAAAUUUAUUGAGUAUACAGUAUAUAAGAGAAGCAUAGGCUAUAAGAUAAGUGUUUUUUUAUUACAUGUAAAAUGGUUUACAAAAUAGCUGACCUUAUCCAACUAUUCAUUUAGAAGACACAUCAGACAAUUCAAAUGAAACAGUCUCCUUUGAACAUUUCUAUAUCAAUAUUCAGUUUAAUUCUGAACCCAUGCACAUAUACACAAAAUGUUCAGUUCCUUUUAGUUUAUAUAUUGAAUUUUCUCAUGAAAGAAUACCAUAGCAUUACACAGAAGCAUACUAUAGGAGAAAACUGUCUGACUUGAUAGCUGUAGUUUUUUUCUCAACAACAGUCCCAGUUAUAUAUGCACUAAGAGGAGCCUCCUUCACCACACAUCUGUUUAAAUUAUGAUGUCAGUGAUGGAAAAACAAGUGAUCAUGAAAUUACUCUAUUUAAGCAACUUUUCCUCCAGUACUGGCAUUAUUAAGCACAAAGUUUACAGUACAGACACCUAUGUCUGUUUUCUCUAAUAAAGAGUUGUGUGAUAACA